CGUUUUAUCUUUCGGGAGACUUCAUACAGUAUAUCCCGCUCUUUGUGUGUGCUGUUGUUUAAUGCAAAAAUACUGUGCACACUUUGAAAAUGAGAGCGUCACUGCCACCUACUGAGUGAAUGUGCGAUUACACAUUAUUCUAGUACGGCAAAAAAAUAUAUUCAGCGAAGUCAUAUGCUCCCCCAGUAUUGCUUUGUGACCCCCUGGGGGUGUGCCCCAUUAUUUGAGAAAAACAAGAAAACAUAUGGCUGGAAUCCUUUUUGAGGAUAUCUUCGAUGUAAAAGACAUCGAUCCAGACGGAAAGAAGUUCGACAGAGUGUCUCGUCUACAUUGUGAAAGUGAGUCUUUUAAGAUGGAUCUCAUCUUGGAUGUGAAUAUUCAAAUCUACCCAGUAGAUCUUGGUGACAAGUUCAGGCUGGUAAUUGCUAGCACAUUAUAUGAAGACGGAACGCCAGAUGAUGGGGAGUACAAUCCUCAAGAUGACAGACCAUCUCGAUCAGACCAAUUUGACUACGUAAUGUAUGGGAAGGUUUACAAGAUUGAGGGUGAUGAGACUUCAACAGAAGCUGCUACACGCCUCUCUGCUUAUGUCUCUUAUGGUGGCCUCCUCAUGAGGCUGCAGGGAGAUGCAAAUAAUCUUCACGGCUUCGAGGUGGACUCCAGGGUGUACCUCCUCAUGAAGAAACUGGCCUUCUAAAACUCAUAACUACCAUCUUAUCUUGAUUGGUCCCCCGGCCCAGUCUGCAGGGCAUUGAGGUUAAAUUCAAGCAAUGUUUCUAUUUUAUAUUUAUGGAUUUAAAAAAAAAAGCUUUCCUCUUUGAAAAAGGACUUGGCGGUUAAACUGUAACACUUAAGAACUUCCCCAACCUCCUUCUAUCUGUAAAUAGUUUUUUUUUUUUUUUUUUUUUUUUAAACGUACUUACAAACGGGCUCUUUAAUUUUUGGAUACCGUAAAUCUACUUUCAUAUUGUGGUUUCAGAAUUAUGGAACAGUCCUUAAAUGUUUGUAAAAAUCAAGUUGUUGCAUUUGGAUAUAUAAAACUUCCAUUUUUUAUUGUGCUGUCUCCGUCGUUGUUCACUGCAUGAAGCUGCAAGACAAAUGU